AUGGCGGUGGCUCCUCCCGCCAUGUACGGCGGCGUGAUGCUCUGGCUCGCCGUCACGAGUGCGCUCGGCGUCUGCCUUCCCGCUCGCGCCAAUCUCAGCACAAGCCUGACGACGGACCUGCUCGCCAACUUUUCGGCCGGUGUGAUCCUGUCUGUGGCGCUGCUACACCUCCUCGACGACGCGCAGGAGCGGCUCGGAAAGCUGAGCGAGUAUCCAGCCGCCAACGCCGGAGCUCUCGUAGGCUUCCUGGUGAUGGCGGCGACUCAGGCCUUCAUCCCGUGCCUUUUCGGCCAGUCGACACGCACUCCUCUGCUUCCGACCAGCCAGUUCGAUGGCGGGAGCACGCUCGCCAGCUUCUACGCUCUCGAGGCCUCCAUCUCGCUCCACUCUGUCCUGAUAGGCCUCGGGAUCGGCUUUGCGCAGUCGGGCUGGACCGAGCUGCUCGUCCUGGCGAUGGCCAUGUCGGUGCAUCAGUUCUUUGAGGGCUUCGCGCUCGGCAUGCUCGCGCGCCGCACGCAGCUGUCCCAGACCGGCCGGCGGCUCACCUGCCUCAUCUUCACUCUCUCCCUCCCGCUCGGCUGCGCCAGCGCGGUCGCCGCCAAGGCGGCGGCGCGCGGCUUCGAGACGAGCUCGUCGUACCUCUGGGUGUCUGGGCUGCUCAACGCCUUCGCCGCGGGGAUGCUCACGCAGAUCGGCGUAGAGAUGGUGAACCACGAGCUCACCGGCUCGCACGCGCACAGCUGCGCCGACCUCGCGCCCCUUGUACGGGAGGAGAGGCCGGGCGCCGCAGAGAGCGACCGAUGCUCGCCCGGCUGCGCGCUGGCGCCGGAGAGGCCGCCCUCGCUGGCGCACCGCCUGCUCAAAGUCUCGGCGAUCGCGGCAGGCGCGGCUCUCUUCGGUGUCCUCGCAAUCUGGGCCUAG